AUGUCAGGUGUUGCUGGAAUAGAUGAAUUCCAUAUUGGACAUUGUUAUGUUCUUCUAUCUGUAACUGUUGAAAAUUCUAAUGCAAUAGAAUCAUCAGUUCAAUCAAAAUCAUUUCGACGAACAUAUUUACUUGUUUUUUAUAUUCGAAUUAAUGUUGUUGUUGUUGUUGUUGAUGAUGGUGAUGAUAUUGAAUUAAUUGAACAAGAAAAUCUAAUAUUUUUGAACUAUUUUUAA